AUGGAGAUAUCCCAACUCAAUCAGUCCAGCAUCACCCAAACACUCAUCUCAUCCACCCAUCUUCAUUUCAUGGCCUUAGCCAUUCUCAUCCUCAUCACAAUCUACAGAACAUGGCCAUCCAAACGCAUCUACCUCAUCGACUUUUCAUGCUACAGCCCACCGGACUUCUUCCGCAUACCCUCCGCCACCUACAUUGAGCAUGCCCACCUCAUCGACGCCUUCAAUGAGGACCUCGUAGAUUUCCAACUCAAAGUCCUCGAGCGGUCCGGCCUCGGCAAUGAGACAUGCUUACCAAUGACCAUGAACCAACUUCCGCAUGACGGCUCCUUGUCGGCCUCCCGUCGAGAGGUCAAGGAUGUCCUCUUCGCCGCUGUCGAAGACCUGUUUGCCAAAAAUCACAUAGACCCAAAGACCAUUGACAUUAUCGUGUCGAAUUGCAGCAUUUUCGCCCCGACACCGUCCAUAUGUUCAAUGAUCAUACACAAAUUUGGGUUUAGAAGCAAUGUCAUGAGCUUCCAUCUCUCAGGCAUGGGCUGCAGUGCCGGGCUUCUGUCGGUAAGCCUAGUGAAAGAUCUUCUCAAAGUUCAUAACAACUCCUUGGCAUUGGUUCUGAGCAUGGAAGCGGUUUCGCCAGGCGGCUACACAGGGAGUUCGAAAUCCAUGCUUCUAACCAACAUCUUGUUUCGCAUGGGUGGCACCGCUAUCCUGCUAUCCAACCGGGAAAAUGAUAAAAGCACCGCCAGGUAUGAACUCCAGCACCUUGUGCGAACCCAUCUCGGGUCGGACGACCGAUCAUACGGGUGCAUUUUCCAGCAACCAGACCCGACGGGCCUACUUGGUGUCGCUUUAUCGAGAGCGAUAAUUCAAGUGGCUGGGACUGCAUUGAGGUCCAACAUCAUCUCGUUAGGGCCGUUGGUUUUGCCUUACGCCGAGCAGGUCCGGUAUGGGCUCUCGGUGAUCCGCCGCAAGGUUUGGCCACUGGGAAGGGAUGUGGGCCUCUACGUGCCGGAUUUUAGGAAGGCGUUCGAGCAUUUUUGUAUACAUGCAGGAGGAAGGGCUGUGAUCGACGCGAUUGAAUGUGAGCUUGGGUUGAGUGACGAAGAUGUGGAGGCUUCGAAGAUGACGCUGUAUCGGUUCGGUAACACAUCGUCUUCUUCCAUAUGGUAUGAGCUUUGUUAUCUUGAAGCGAAGGGGAGGGUGAAGAAGGGCGAUCGGGUUUGGCAGAUUGCUUUCGGGAGCGGUUUCAAGUGUAACAGUGCGGUGUGGAGAUGUGUUUCGGACCUCCAACCGGUUGUUAGGAAUGUGUGGUCGGAUCGGAUUCAUUUGUAUCCGGUGAAUGUACCGGAGGUCAUAGACCAUUGAUGGGGCCUGCUGAUCGACGGCUGGGAGCUGUUGAUCAGCCUAGAAUUGUAUGUGGUCAUGGCCAUUGAUUGAUUGGAAUUGCUUUAGGAAUUCUCACUGUUUUAUGCCAUUCUAAUUGGGCCUUAGAACUCGUGUAAAUUUGAAAAUAAAGAAAAUGUAUGAGAGAAUAUUGAACUGAA